CUAAUAUGAUAAAUACAGAAGGCCAAACGGACACGUGAUACCCGGUGCGUCAUCCAAAAAAAAAGACAGAAGGCUAGUAUAGUGGCCUAACCAGGUCCAUGGCACAGCUUUUGUCUCCUGCUUAAUUUCUGAAGCUGCUAAUCUCAACAACAUCAACUGUGCGUCCUAGCGCUGUCAACAUAAACUGCCAACGAGAGAGGACAGCAGCUACAUUUAAUGUCUCCUGUUUUGCCAUGUUUGUCGCAGUACCGUUCCCGGUCAUGGAGGAAGAAGAAGCAGAGUUUUACUUUCACACUUACAGAAUGUUUUCGGCCUUCAUGCUUCACCUCCGCAACCAACCGCUAUGGCUUCUCCUUCCCACAUUUCUGGGCUUCCUCUCCCUCUUCAACUCCUCUGUUUCAAUCCUCAAAUGGGCCUUCAUCACUCUCCUCAGACCCCCAAAGAACCUCAAGAGCUACGGCUCUUGGGCCGUCGUCACCGGUUCCACCGACGGCAUCGGGAAAGCCUUCGCCUUUCAGCUCGCCGCGGAAGGCCUUAACUUGAUUCUGGUUAGCCGGAACUCCGACAAGCUCAGAGCGGUCUCGGGCGAAAUCCUGGCGAAAUUUCCAUGUACCCAGCUCAGGAUUCUGGCCGUGGACUUCGCCGGAGACAUCUCGGCGGUAGGCCGGAGGAUCGAGGAGGCGAUUGAAGGAGUGGAGGUCGGAGUUCUGAUAAACAAUGCGGGGAUGACUUACUCGCCGGGGCUGAGGUAUUUCGGCGAGGUGGGGGUGGGGGAAUGGAUGGAGCUGGUGAGGGUGAAUGUGGAGGGAUUGAAUAUGGUGACGAAAGCAGUUUUGCCGGCGAUGCUGAAGAGGAAGAGAGGUGCGAUUGUGAAUAUAGGGUCUGGAUCCACCGUCGUUUUGCCUUCUCAGCCUCUUUAUGCCGUCUACGCUGCUACCAAAGCGUAUGUUGACCAACUGUCAAGGGCUCUUCACGUGGAAUACAAGCACUUGGGCAUUGAUGUCCAAUGUCAGGUACCAUUAUUUGUUGCAACAAAAAUGGUGAUUCUUUUUGCUAAGCAAUCCAUGAUGGCACCAUUGGCAGAAGAUUAUGUGCGAUCAGCGAUCCAUUACAUAGGAUAUGAGGCACGCAGUAUGCCAUACUGGUCGCAUUGCCUUCAACGCUCCAUUGUGUCCUUCCUCCCUGAGGCUCUUCUCGAUUCUUUUUGUCUCUUUUUCAGUCUUCACUUCAGGGGAAAGCCCACAGGAAAAUAGGUUAAGACGGACCAUCAUCUGAUUGAAAGGGAGAGUGAGCCCUAGUUGUUGGAUUCUCAUAUUUUAUAGAUAGAAUCAAACUGGUAUUUCAUAGUGUGGUUUCGAACUCUAAUUAAUUUAUAUUGGUCAUGUGUUCUAGAUUUUAGCAAUAAUUUGUCACAAAUAUUCAUUUGGUAUGUCAGGGCCAAAAUUGUAAGUUUGUGGCAUUAAUUCGUGUUUGUUUUAUUUUUAAAUUUUGAAUCAAAAGAAGAUGAAAUGUCGAAGGAUGGGAGUUUUUGAACCUAAA